UCCCUAAUGAGACCUCAGCGCAAGCGUGAAAUAGUUAUGGGGUAGCUAUGGCGGCUGACAAACAAAUCUGAUUUUGCUGAAUAUGCCGAUUUUCAAAUCAAUUUCUCUGUAAAAUGGCAGAAGUUCAUGUGAUUGGUCAGAUUGUGGGAGCCACUGGUUUCCCAGAGCACAAUUUGUUCUGUAAAUGGGGAAUACACACAGGUGGUGCGUGGAAGAUACUUGCAGGAUUAAGGGAGGGUCAGACACAGGUUGAUAACCCCCAGAUUGAAGACAGAGCCAGCUGGUACCACCCCAUUGAUAUUCACUUUGCCACAAAAGGCUUGCAAGGUUGGCCCAAAAUCCAUUUCCAAGUCUGGCAUCAAGAUUCAUACGGCCGGAACGAGCUUUAUGGUUACGGUUUCUGUCAUGUUCCAUCCUCGCCAGGUGUCCACGAUCUAGAAUGUCCCACCUGGCGUCCACUGGGAACAGUCCGUGAGCAGAUAUCGCAAAUGUUUCUGGGCGGAGGACCACAGCUGCGUAAUCCGGAUCUGAUCUACAGUGGUGCUGAACGUUUUCAUCUGCGAACUGUUGCCAUGGGAAACGUCCAGAUUCAGUUGAAUGUUAUUUUAAGGAACUUUGAUAAGUUUGGGAUUGAGUGCUGAUAACUGUGCCAGUUCAUAUAAACACUUUUAUAUGAUCAUAUGAUGAGCAAAAAGAUUUGGUACAUUUUUCAAUCUAGCUAUAAAAGUUAGGCAAUCAGAAGGAGCGAGUGCUCUGUGAAUGAAUAACCAGGUUAUCCCUAAUUGCCAGUCUUUGUUGCUGGUUAUGGUCGUGUUUAUGAGAUGUUACCCAGACCUGAUGUCAGUACCUAGUUUGACACAAGUUCCUGGUCGGCAUUUUCCUUCUUGUUGAGUAUCGAGCCAUCAAUAGCUCUUAAACUAGAUUUUCUGUAUAGGUUUUCACCAAUUCAAAGACUACGGCUUGUAGCUCUGGCAUGUAUGUAGUCCCGAACUGCGAGUAUGACCUGACUCUCACGAGAGAGGGUAUCGGCACAGAAUUCAAAAGAUUUUUGGCAGUCCAGUUUUGUAACAUCACAAAUUACUGUAUUAUUGUAAUGAUCUGUCCUUCGUAUUUAGGAUGUUUUGAAAUGAUUUGUAGGAUGAAGUAUAAUCUUCUAGGGACAAAUCAGACUUUUUCAUGUAUGUAGGUAUCGUCCAGCAAGAUAUCAAGACCAGUGGUAGACAAAUUACUUUUACUUUCAAACCCAAUUUUGACAUGGUCUGCAGUUAAGUUCCAGUGUAGCUUGCUGGCAAUGUAGUUGGUGUCAAAUUUAACCUGAAUUUACUUGCAGUCAUUGGGGGUUUAGGACUGGGAACAUUGUCCAACUAUAGAACCUCAUGAACAAUACAUUUGUAGAAAGUACAAUAUGGAAUCAGAAAAAUCAGUUUGGCAGCAACAGAUGUGGACUGAUUUGGUCCCAGUUGUAAUGAUGUCCUCAAGUACACUAAUGUUUGGAGACACAUGGACAAUGUGGUGUCCCAAGCGUAGGUACAUCUUUGGAGGUUUUAGAAUAGGAGAAGUCAGUUGAAAUAGACCAGACAACAUCAGGUAGAAUAAUUUUGUAUUAUUUAUUAUUGU